AUGAACGAAUUCAAUAGCAUAGGAAACGAUGACAACAGAGAAGAAUAUGUGCUUCCAGACGGUGGUUAUGGCUGGGUCUGCGUAGCAGCAUGCUUUACGAUCAAUUGCUUUACCUGGGGCACCGUCUCGGCAUAUGGCAUCUAUCUCUCACAUUAUUUGGCCGACGAUGUUUUUCCUGAAGCAACGACAUGGGAUUAUGCUUUCAUUGGCGGCUUCAACUUCUCGAUAGCGAUGCUUAUAGCGCCCGUUGUUACCAUUCUUACUCGGAGGUUUGGGAUACACACGACAAUGCUUGCUGGAUUGGUCUUCCAAAUCGGAGGUUUCAUUGCAGCUUCAUUCGCGACUCGAAUAUGGCAGCUGCAUAUCUCUCAAGGCAUUCUCAUCGGCUGUGGCAUUGGAUUCCUAUACAUCCCCAGUCUUCCCAUCCUUUCUCAGUGGUUCGUUCGACGCCGUAGUCUAGCCAAUGGGAUUAGUGCUGCCGGAUCUGGCGUUGGCGGUGCUGCCUUCGCGUGGGGCACUGAGGCUAUCAUUCAACAUCUGAAUAUGAGCUGGGCUUUACGCAUCACCGGGAUCAUCGCACUCGCCGCCAAUUUCGCCGCAAUCAUAGCAAUACGGGACCGGAAUCAUGUCAUCCAACCAUUUCAGCUUGCAUUCGACACUAAACUCCUUCAACGAUACGAUGUGAUAUUACUGCUUUCCUGGGUGUUCAUUAGCAUGCUGGGAUAUGUUACGCUGCUCUUCUCUCUAUCCGACUUUGCCUUAUCCAUAGGUCUCACUAGAGCCCAAGCUACAGACGUGAUCGGGCUGUUGAAUGUGGGCACUGCAGUCGGACGACCAAUUAUUGGCAUACUCAGCGACCGAUGGAGCCGAAUCGACACAGCCGGUGUUUUAACCCUGUUGUGUGGUCUUUCAUGUUUUGCUUUCUGGUUGCCUGCUACAUCUUUUGGACUCACUGGGUUUUUUGCAAUCAUUUGCGGGGCUGUCGUUGGGGUUUUCUGGAUGACUAUAGGUCCGCUCUGUGUCGAAGUUGCGGGGAUAAAGAACUUGCAGUCACUACUGUCUCUCUCAUGGGCGACAGUUAUAAUUCCAGCUACGGGUAGGGUUUACCCACUAUUCUUAUGGACGUUGUAACUAACAAUAUUGCUUAGUAUCUGAAGGCAUUGCCUUGAAACUUAGACGGCCUUCUUCCUCGAAGCAGUAUCUUUAUACCCAAAUUUUCGCUGGUAUUACGUAUGUACUCGCAAGCUUCUUUAUCUUCCAACUUCGUAGAGUAAAGAGUCGCCAAACACAAAAUCAUCCGGCGUAGAGACUCGGACAAUGUCUGAGCUAUUACAAUAGUUAUUUUGCAUUGUGACGAGUCUUGCUUGCUGCGCGACUUAUUCAACCGCCUUUUCAUAGCAAUAGAUGCUUCGAGCUAGGAUAUGCACCACCGACAGGGUCUCUACUUUGUAGGAUGUGCAUAGUCUCGCACGAACCAAUUUGGGCUCGAA